CGGGGCCCGCGGGCAGGGCCAGCCGGGGGCAUCGAGGUGCCCUUCGCGCUCCCUGCGGUUCCUGCAGUAAAGCCGCUUGACAGGUGGCCGCGUCUCUGGGAAAUAACUUCUCAGCGGUUUCUGGUCUAGAUGGCAGGUGCUCAGGAAGCCCUAUGUACAGAGGGAGCCGUAGGUAGAGAUGCGCGAGUCUUGGUGUUCGGCUGCGUCGAGUGCUGAAGAGCCACUGGGGAAAAUGCCUGCUGUGGCUGGAGGCUGGCUGGAGAGCAAUGUGACCUACUUCCAGUUGGCCUUUUUAUGGCUUGAAACACCUGUGGAGAGGCUCUUUCAGCACAGAGUCAGUCCCUGAAGGAGAGAGCUUUGACUGGGAGGAACUAAGGGAAAAAAGAAUGCAAAACUGACAUCAGAACUUCCUUUGGAGACACCAAUAAGUAGACCCUUGGAAAAGACAAUGCAUUGAUGAGACUUCAUGAGCAAAGAAUAGACCCAGAUGAUCCCUCUGAAGGGGCACUGUCAAGAUAUGUUUGUCAGUGACAAUGGAUUAUUUAUUUUCAACAGACACUCUUAUAUGAGAAGGUUGCAAUUCCAAACAGUUUAAGCAUUCUUCCUUCUCCUGGAACAGUAUGGCAGGCUUCAAACGAGGGUAUGAUGGGAAAAUUGCUGGAUUGUAUGAUUUGGAUAAAACCUUGGGAAGAGGCCAUUUUGCUGUGGUCAAACUUGCUCGACAUGUCUUCACAGGUGAAAAAGUAGCAGUGAAAGUAAUUGACAAGACCAAACUGGACACUUUAGCCACUGGGCAUCUUUUCCAAGAAGUUAGAUGCAUGAAACUAGUGCAGCAUCCGAAUAUUGUACGCUUGUAUGAAGUAAUUGACACCCAGACCAAACUUUAUCUUAUCUUAGAACUUGGUGAUGGAGGAGAUAUGUUUGAUUACAUCAUGAAACAUGAGGAGGGUCUUAAUGAGGAACUGGCUAAGAAAUAUUUUGCUCAGAUAGUUCAUGCCAUAUCUUACUGCCAUAAGCUACAUGUAGUUCACAGAGACUUAAAACCAGAGAACGUGGUCUUUUUUGAAAAACAAGGACUUGUGAAAUUGACUGACUUUGGCUUCAGCAACAAAUUUCAACCUGGGAAGAAGCUCACAACAAGUUGUGGAUCUCUUGCCUAUUCUGCUCCUGAAAUUUUACUUGGGGAUGAAUAUGAUGCACCGGCAGUGGAUAUAUGGAGCCUGGGGGUCAUCCUUUUCAUGUUGGUAUGUGGACAGCCACCAUUCCAAGAAGCAAAUGACAGUGAAACUCUGACUAUGAUAAUGGACUGCAAAUACACAGUGCCAUCACAUGUGUCCAAAGAAUGUAAAGACCUAAUUACACGGAUGUUGCAGAGAGACCCAAAGCGAAGGGCAUCUUUGGAAGAGAUUGAAAAUCAUCCAUGGCUCCAAGGAGUUGAUCCAUCACCUGCAACAAAAUACAAUAUCCCUCUCGUUUCAUAUAAAAACUUAUCUGAGGAAGAACACAACAGUAUAAUACAACGCAUGGUCCUUGGUGAUAUAGCAGAUCGAGAUACAAUAGUAGAGGCAUUGGAAACUAACAAAUACAAUCACAUCACUGCAACUUACUUCUUACUAGCUGAGAGGAUUCUGAGAGAAAAACAGGAGAAAGAAAUUCAAACCAGGUCUGCAAGCCCUAGCAACAUCAAAGCUCAGUUCAGGCAAUCAUGGCCCACAAAAAUUGAUGUACCCCAGGACCUGGAAGAUGAUCUUACAGCUUCUCCUCUCUCCCAUGCAACUGCUCAGUCUCCAGCUCGCAGUGCUGAAAACAUUCUUAACGGUCACAGAAGCAAGGCACUUGGUGAUUCAGCAAAGAAAGAGGACAUCCCUGAAUUAGCUGGGCCAGCACUUUCAGUGGUUCCUUCAGUGAGCUUGAAACCUGCUGCAAGUGGCCGGAAGUGCUUGUUUAGAGUAGAAGAGGAUGAAGAGGAAGAUGAAGAAGAUAAGAAACCCAUGUCUCUUUCAACUCAAGUUGUUCUGCGCCGCAAGCCUUCAGUUACAAAUCGUCUCACUUCCAGGAAGAGUGCACCAGUCCUCAACCAGAUCUUUGAGGAAGGGGAAUCAGAUGAUGAAUUUGACAUGGAUGAGAACUUGCCCCCAAAGCUUAGCAGGUUAAAAAUGAAUAUUGCUUCACCUAGUACAGUGCAUAAACGCUACCACAGAAGGAAAAGCCAGGGUCGGGGAUCUAGUUGCAGUAGCUCAGAAACCAGUGAUGAUGACUCAGAAAGUAGGCGACGGCUAGAUAAAGAUAGUGGGUUUACUUACUCCUGGCAUAGACGGGAUAGUAGUGAAGGGCCACCUGGCAGCCAAGGAGAUGGUGGUGGACAGAGCAAACCAAGCAAUGGAAAUGGAGGGGUAGACAAAACAAGCCCUAGUGAUAAUAACAAAGGUGGGGGAAGUCCCUCAAGUAGCUCCGGUGGUAGUACCAAUAAUACUUCAGGUUCCACCCGUCGGUGUGCUGGAUCUGGAAACUCAAUGCAGUUGUCUACUAGGAGUGCAGGGGAACUGGUUGAAAGCCUAAAAUUGAUGAGCCUUUGCUUAGGUUCACAGAUUCACGGCAGCACUAAAUACAUUAUUGAUCCUCAAAACAAUCUGGCAUUUUCCAGUGUAAAAGUGCAGGAGAAAUCAACGUGGAAAAUGUGCAUCAGUUCCACUGGGAGUGCAAAUCAGGCUACAGCAUUGGGCAGCAUAAAAUUCUUCUCUGACCAGAUGUCAGACACAGAAAAUGAAUUGGAACGGAUAAAGAACAGGAACUUGAAAAAUAACGUGUUACAACUACCUCUCUGUGAAAAGACAAUAUCUGUGAAUAUUCAGCGGAACCCCAAGGAGGGACUGCUGUGUACCUCCGGUCAAACAAGUUGUUGUCAUGUCAUUUGACGGUGGCCUGACUUAAUAGCUCAAUCUACUUGACAUCACCAUUCUUCCUGUUCAGAGCUGUGAACACCUUAUUUCACUGAACCCCUUUUGUUGUCUUAAUAUUUUAAAGUGGGCUUUGAGCAGUUAUUUAUUACAUUUUAAUUUUGUGUUUGCUUGAUAGUAAGACAAUGCAUGGUCUUUGUGCAUGCUGCUAGCCAAUACAUUUUUCUUUCCCAACAGAAUAGAAUAUUUUAUUGUGUAAUUUUUACACUUUUAUUUUACUAUGGAACAUCUGGAUUAAAUUAAAAUGUAUAUCUAGAUCCUAAUGUAAAUGGAGCACUUAGAAGUUCAUGUUCUGCACUUAGACUAGAGAGAGAGAGAGCAAGCGAGAGCUUUUGUUUGCUUGUGAAAUGUUAAUUCUUGUUCUGACCUUCUGUGAUAUCUAAAAUAUGUGAUAUGUGGCAUACUUCUAUGUGUCUGAAACAGAACCAAAGCAAUAACGUUUUGAUGCUGAAAACUCUUCAGGGAGCUUUCAGAUGUUCCAAGGCUUGUACAAAGCAAAGAUGCACUGAAAAUUAGUGAUCUUAAACUAUGAUUUUAAACCCACACCUAUUUGUCUUAAGCGAUAAUAUGGAUAAAGUUGUGGCUCAAAAUCAAACUGAAAAAAAAUCCUGUUUUGCUAUAAGAUUUUUUUUUUUUUUAAAGCAACUAGAUUUGUAAGGCAGCUUUUCCCGUAGAAAUACGUUAAUAUUACAAACAGACAAUCUUUUUUACUAGAAACAAAGGUAAAUUAUAAGGUCUACAUCUGAGUUUUUGCAUUCUAACUAAAAUGAAAAACUUUGUAUAAAUUACUUCCAUUAUUAGUGUAACAUGACAAUUGUUGGCAUUUCUUAAGUCUGACCCUUACAUGCAUCAAAAUGAAAUAAGGAAUGGAAAAAUCCAUGGAUAAUUGGAUGCAAAUUUAAAUCAGUUCCUAUAAUAAUCUAAUCUCCUUAAUUUUUCUCAUUAUUAGCAUUUUAUUUAAACUUUUGUCAGGACUUAAAAUAUUGUUACCUCCCAGCUGGUAAUUGUUAAUUUCUUUGAACAUCAAGUCUAAAAUUAAAAUAUGGCAUGUAUGAAAAUAUGCUUAACAGUAAUUAGCUUUUCUGUUUGUUUCUCCAUUGUCACAGAACUAAUGGCAAAUUCAUGCUUUAGUAUAUUUCUGUACGGAAGGAUACUUUUGACCAGAUUAACUUUUGUGGAAUUUUAUUAUCUAGAAUAAAAUAUAUUGCAGAUUCCUAAUGUGGGAAGGACAUGAAUGUUUUAUUUUUUCAUGCUGUGCACUGGAUCUUCAAAGCAAUGCUAGUAAGAAUUGGUGGUAUUAUGUAGCAGCACCCUAGCCGGAAACAAUGUCUGAGAGGAGUUUACACUGUUUAGCAUCUUGUAACAUUUGCAGAGUGGUCAAAUACGAUGCAUUUCUUGUAUACCAUAGAGAGAGUAGAGCACCAAAGAACUGCGUUACAUUUGGUCACAAUUUCUGUAGUUCACAACAGCUCUUUGAAUUAUUUUGCUGAUAGGUGAAAUUGCACCAGAUAGUCUUACUGACGAGCCUAGUUGGGGAUUUUUUCAUUCUGCUUCCUAAACAAAGCAAAUGAUAAAAAUCUUUUACACGUCUAACUUUUAAGAUACAGUUGCAGUUCAGUCAGCCAGCGUGGUAUUUAUAAAAUGAAAGCUACAAGAAUAGAUGUGUGGGUGAAGCCAUAGAACAUAUUUGCUUGAAAUUUUUGAGCAGGGAUCUUAUAAAGGGCCAGAAAUAAGAUGUGUGGUUCACAGAGAGUGAGCGUAACAUCUAUAUUAAAGUAGGAUAAAAGUAUAUAAAGGGCAUUGGCAAUAAACUAUUUGUUGCAGCUUUUUUCCAAGUAUUGUAAAUACUCUUUCCUGAUAUUAUGUACAGCCUUGGAAUGGCACCUUUUAACUAACCCCAGGUGUAUUUUGUUUCCAAUGUUUUUAUAUACAAAUGUAUAUAUGGUGCUCACUUUAGAACAGCAGUGUUGAACAUUUAUGCUGCAUAGCUGUAUUAUAGCCUUAUUAGUUGUGUAUGGUUGGUUGAACCUCUGGGUGUACAAAUGUUAGUUUGAGUGUUGUCCUUUAUCCAUUUGUUCAUAGGUGAAUGAUUGUGCAUGUGGUGUAUGUUGUAUUACAUUGUCAUGUAAAAGGAAGGGCGAGAAUAACCACUACAUUAAGAUAAUAUUGGACCAAACUAUUUAGAGCAAGUAAAGUUUCUUGUACCCCUUAACGUGUCUUUAAAAGUUGCAUCUAGUUACAGUAGAGUAUAAAUUAAAUAUUGUGGGAAAAACAAUUAGUCUUGUAUUUUUCUGUAUGUGUGUAUAUAUAAUAAUGUACCUCUAGCAACUUUAUCUGUAUUUAAGAUGUGACAAUCUUGACACAGAGUUUUAAGAGUAGCAGUAAAAUUAAGCAGAAUUAAUGAAAGGAACAGAAUUAAAAGAAUUUCUCACCAAGAAAGCAUCUGUGUGUGUGUGUGUUAAGAGGGUACAGGAAUAUCAGCUGAUCCUGUUGGUUGCUGUCAGCAUUGUUUGGCUUUCUUCAUUGUAUAAACAUUCAUGAUGUGUGACAGAAAUGGAAAAUGGAGUUAAUAAAAGUGACAUCUUGACUGACGUAUAAGCAAUGAUUUCCCUGUCAACUUUAUGUCAUUUACUAAUUGCAAAAUUCAUUUAAUAUUGUGGGGGUGAAAUAAAAUCUUCUUCUGCUCUUAUACCAGUACCCAAACUUUAACGCGUACUCUAACAUGAAGCAGCAUCUUUUGGUUGAAACGGUUAGUACCUGAAACGGAUGUUUCCAUAUUGUGAAUAUUUCCUUAGAGCAUACACUUCAGACUGUAUAUUGUAGUCCAGGAUGUAAAAGCUAGCUACUUAUAACUCGUUCAUGUUAAGAAGCACCAGCUUACAAACU